AGGGAGGGGAGGAGGACGGGGCUCGUCGGGUCGCUGGCUGCAUUUCUGCUCCAUCUCCUGGAUCGAAGCGGCCGCCCGGAGGAAUGAGAGCGGACCGAGCCGAGGCGUCUCCACCACCAUGCAGCCGCCGACCUCCUCCACCUCCUCCAUCUCCUCCUCCUCCUCAUCAUCCUCCAGCCGCAGCCUCCGCCCGUCUUCUCCGACCGCGUGAGCCCAGCGGGUCGCCUGUAGCUCGCAGCCCGGCUCGCAGCGGCGUGUCCCGGCCGUGAUGACAGCACUGUAGGCCGCGCAGCAGCUCCGUCCGCUCCCCACCAUGGUGCGCAUCGCCAAGGCCCUGGGUCUGGUGAUCCUGUGCGUGGCCGUGCUCAUCCUGUCCCUCAUCAGCUACGUGUCCCUGCGGAAAGACAGCCUCUUCGCCUCCUCCAAGUACUACAUGGGAGGCCCGAGGAUCAUGUUCCACGCGGGCUUUAGGUCUCAGUUUGCCAUGAACUUUCUGGAUCCGUCCUUCAUCCCGUUGACCAACGCCCUCAACGAGGAGCUGCAAGGAAAACCGUCCAAGUGGAGGUUCAACAAGACGGCUUUCUACCAGCAGAGGAAAGACAUCUUCAGCUACAUCGACAUUCCCAACAACUUCUCCCUGACUAAGAGCAGCGUGCGCGUCGGCCAGCUGAUGCACUUCGACUACUCCAGCCACAAGUACGUCUUCUCCAUCAGCAACAACUUCAAGUCUCUGCUGCCCGACACCUCCCCGAUCCACAACAAGCACUACAGCGUGUGCGCCGUGGUGGGGAACAGCGGCAUCCUGACGGGCAGCCACUGCGGCCCGGAGAUCGACCAGGCCGACUUCGUCUUCCGCUGCAACUUCGCCCCCACGGAGGUCUACUCCAAGGACGUGGGCAAGAAGACCAACCUCACCACCUUCAACCCCAGCAUCCUGGAGAGGUACUACAACAACCUGCUCACCAUCCAGGACAGGAACAACUUCUUCCUCAACCUGAAGAAGCUGGAGGGCGCCAUCCUGUGGAUCCCCGCCUUCUUCCUGCACACCUCGGCCACGGUCACGCGCACCCUGGUGGACUUCUUCGUGGAGCACAAGGGCCAGCUGAAGGUGGAGCUGGCCUGGCCGGGGAACAUCAUGCACGAUGUCAACAAAUACUGGAAGACUAAAAACCUCUCGCCCAAACGCCUCAGCACGGGGAUCCUCAUGUACACGCUGGCCUCGGCCAUAUGCGACGAGAUCCACCUGUACGGCUUCUGGCCCUUCGGCUGGGACCCCAACACGGGCAAGGACCUGCCUUACCACUACUACGACAAGAAGGGGACCAAGUUCACCACCAAGUGGCAGGAGACCCACCAGCUGCCCAGCGAGUUCAAGCUGCUCUACAAGCUGCACCGGGAGGGCGUGAUCAAACUCAGCCUGACGCACUGCGGCUAGACGCACGGCGGCGGCAGCGCCGGGACGCCGGGUCGGCCUCCAGGAUCACCGCCACCCCACACGCAUCAGCUUUAACUUUAAGUUGUGUGACACGCACCAUAAGCAUGAGACAUAUUAUGAAGGAAACGUAUUAUCAUCCUGCAGAACUCACACCACGAUGUCAGCCAGGCCCCGCCUCGGGUUUUAGAUCACAGCUCCGUUUAUUAAUUCCUCACGCCGCCUCACGCUGCCCCACGUCUCCUCCCUCGUUGCAUGGCAGCUGUGGCUAAAGCGUCAAAAGCUACGACCGGGGCCGCAGGAAACACAAGUAGUCAAAUCUUCCAGCUCUGCUCAGCACCGAUUGAUUUCUAACAGUGCGCUGAUUCUGUUCACUGAAACCACUGCCUAAUCUCAGGGACCGAGUUAGAUCAGUGUUUUUUUGGCUUCAGAUUCAAUGCCUCAACAGAGGUUCCUGUUGUUGUUUUUUCUUUUUAUUUUUGCCCCCAAAUGAGGUGUCAGACAAUCUGCACUGCUCUGGAAGAUGGUAUUUGUUUACAAGACUGUACUCUAUAUAAAUAGAAAUAUAUAUACGUGAAUAUAUAUAUAUACGUGUGUGUCUUCAGAUUUAGUUGAGAUUCUUCAAAUUUUUGGAAUUACAAGCAACAUUCCAACAACAAGCCAUAAAUUCGCAGACAGACGACGCUGUCGCUGUCGCUUCAGUGCAGCACCUGCAGAGAGUGGUGUCGGCCUACAUUAGGUUCUGAGAAUACACGACCGCAGACACGCUGGCGGCAACAUUUAAGGUCACAGAGGUUCAAUAUCCCCCCAAAAAUAAACACACACACACACAAAAACAACAACAAAAACAAGGGUAUUCAUUCAUGUGGAUGUUAUUCAGACAUGUAGCAUCCACAGAGACUAAAGCAACAUAAAACAACAAUUCACUAGAUCCCAAACUGAUCAAGUAUCUGUGGGAUGAUCCAGUGAGUCACAGCCGUUUUGGAGGCACCAGUUUAGUUGAGAGUGAAAUAAUUGGACAGACAUUUGUUGGAUUGGAUUGAACAUUGGUGGAAGUACUCAUGGUCCAUAGUAGAUGAAUCCUCUUGACUGUAAAUAAACUGCACGAUAUCAGUAGAAAUACGUCGUCAGUACACGUUGAUGCUUAAGUUGAAGAUACGGAGACAGUGUUUAGGUUAGGGAGGUGGUCAUAAUGUUAUGCCAUGUUGAUGUUUGCUUAAAAGGAACCACAAUAGCCUGAACUUCCUCUAACACCUUUUAAUCCCUUCAAAGUCAAAUUAUAAUCAACAGAAUUCGCCCUGGGCACAAAAAAGGCUGGAACCACCUCUGCAAACCUAUAAAUACAAGUUAAAGUCUUUUAACUAAACUUUUAAAACUGCCAAGUAAUAGUAAUAGUAAUAGUAAUAGUAGUAGUAGUUUCUAGUAACUAAAGUGGGAAUAAGUAGGGACCCCCUACCUACUAUAUGUGUUCUAUAUUAAACUAGUGCUAUUUAUAAAUACACAUUAUUAUCAUCAUUGCAUUCAAUAUUAAACUAUUCGAAUAAUACAAAGGUUCAGAUUUUGUAAAUUUCAAAUAUGUUACAUAAAGAUUCAUGUUAAUGUGUAUUUGAAUACAUUAAAUUUGUUAUAUAUAUAUAAAUAUGUAUACAUAUAUAUAUAUAUAAAUGUAUCAUCAACCAAACAUUUUGCAGCCCCCCUGCAGUACCACCACGGUUCCCUAGGGGUCGCAGAUUCCCUGUUGAAGACCUAUGUAUUAAACAAAUGAACUUCUUAGCGGCGCUUAAAAGGAGAGAAAAUAAUAUGCUGUUUUUAACCAAACCAAAAAGAAGAACAAUAUCUUAGCUCAUAAAAACUUCAGAAUUGUUUCAGAAUAUGGUUUUAGUCAAUUAUCAAUUAAGAUAAAACAUAAAAUACAAUAUUUUUGAAUGUUUAAAGAGUCUCUCGUGGCCUAAAUGUUGGCGCUAGCGUGGCUACGAGCGUCAGUUUGAGCCGAAUUAAUUCAUAUCUGAGGUUUACUACUAUUUCAAUAUCCAAAAACACUAGAGGGAAAAGACGGAGAGUUUAUUUAUUCCUGAGUGUCGUCUCCAGAGAAACGAGUUACUGCAUCUUGUAUAAAGAGCAUGGUCCAUUUAAAACGUUGCAUGUGAAGGCACUGACAAAUCUUUUAGGCUAGUUUUAUACAAACCUUUGAACAUUAUUUUUUUUGUUUUGAUUUGAUUUGACGUUUCAGUUCUUUGCUUUUGUUUCUUAUUAGUUUGUUUGUUCGUAUUCCUGGUGGCUUAUUCGGUAAGAAUAUCACCAGCGUCUUUGUACGAGAGGCUGCAGAAGAACUUACUGCUUUAUUUCACAUGGGACCAAACCUCCUCCUACGGAAAAUCUAAACGUGAGCGAGCUUUUAUUUUUUAUAACUGUAGAUAAUCUCGGGUUGUCGAACGGCCUCGACCCUCGGACCCAGACGGCGGCGGUGAAACCUGACCACAUGACCAUCUCAUGACUCUGCAACAUGUGCCCCCCCACCCCCCCCGAGGAGGAGGUGGAGGAGGAGGUGGUGGAGGAGGAGGUGGUGGGGGGGGGAACUUCUGACUCCGAACCUGCAGAGAAACGCAGUCACUCACACUUCUUCAACACCAGACGUCUUUCUGUUGCCGUUCGGACGUGGAGCGGCGGCUACAUCGUCUUCACGCCGUUUUAAUGGAUGUAGGUUAGGAAUGUUUUUGUAGAAACACCAAAGACCACGUGUCGACAGUAGAAUUGAUUUACACCAAGUAUUAUUCUUUUUUUUUUUUUUUUUUUUUUAAUUAUUCUUAUCUUGAAUUUGAUGUUGAGUAUCAGUGACGUGGUGGAAUUUCUUCGUGACUCCAUGAAUGUCUCCUCCCGUAGACGUCGCUGCGUCAUGUUUCCUCUUUCUUCUCGGCUCAUGUAGAAUGUGUGUGUGUGACAAAGUCUGUGGGGAUUAUAAACUGCAGUCAUACUAACAAGUGUAGCUUUUCUUUUUUCUUUCUUUUUCUUUUUUGGUGCGUAAACUGUAAACAUGCAUAACCCCAAACCGACAAAAAUGUCUUUUACUCCAGAUACAACACAAAUGCGGGAUUCAUUCCUUACGACCCUUUAACAUUCUUGUACUUGUGUUUUUAUUGAUCUGCAUGGCAACGUUGAUCCAUGACGCAUUAAAGGAAACAACUGAAUAAAAGAAGAAGAAGAAGAAGCUUGGCUGCUUAUGUACCUUGUUCAGACGACUGUGAUGUCUCGGGUUCUAACAGAGUCGAUCAUCUCAAUGUGAGAAACUUUAUUUUUUAUUUUGCUCCGUGAUAAAUAGACAUAAUGUGCCUGCAUCGAUGCCUCAAUGUGUCAAAUAAAAACAGUAUUUUUCUCUGGUA